AAUUCAUCAAAAUCACUCAAGUUUCUAUCAAGAGAGAGAAACCAAGGAAUGAUAGUGGGAUUUGCUGAUUUUUAAUUGCUGCUGAUUUGAUCAUCUGAGCUUCCUUAUCUCUGUGAACAGUAAUCAUAUCAUCUGGAGGAACAUCUGGCACCUUGUUGAGAGGAGAUUAGUUUCUUACGCUGUGCAACGAGCUUCUUGCUGCUUUAGUUUGAAUCGGGAAUCGAACAUGUCUUUGGUCGGGUCUGCUGCGUUGUAUAGGAGCCCUGAGCUGUACUCACUGAAAGAUGACAACGAUAGCUCGGGGCUAUCAACAUCCAGUUUAUACUCGUACACCAGUGACAGUUACGAUCCGAAAUAUUUCCUCGACUCACCAUCAAGUUCUGAUGUGAUAGGCAAUCCAUUUCAGUCCCCGUCUUCUCAGCACACCUCGUUGGUGGAAUCAACGCACAACUCGUAUCAGUUUGAUUACGCCUCUGAAUUGGAAAGUCCCCGUGAUGUGGAUUAUGAUGAAGAUAAGUUGAGGUUGAAGCUUCAAGAACUCGAGAAGGCGCUUCUUGAUGAUAAUGGUGCCGCCAUGGAAAUUGAUAGUGAUUGUUUCGACUCGCCAAAGGAAUCUUCGUCCUCUGAUUCUAAUCUCAGCAGCACAACGAGCAGUAAGGAUAUGGUGAUCUCCGGUCCGCUGUCUCUUAAGCAUAUGCUUCUCGAGUGUGCUGCUGUCGUCCAUAGCGGAGAUUUCAAGCGAGCAUCGAGCAUGAUCAAUGUUCUCAGGCAGCACGUCUCGAUCCAGGGAGACCCUUCGGAGCGAAUUGCAGCUUACUUGGUUGAAGCUCUCGUCGCUCGGAUGGCAAUGUCGGGGAAAGGCCUAUACCGGGCACUGAAAUGCAAAGAGGCCCCGUCAUCCGACCGCCUCUCGGCUAUGCAGGUCCUUUUCGAGGUGUGUCCGUGCUUUCGCUUCGGUUUCAUGGCGGCAAACGGUUCGAUUCUCGAGGCGUUUAGAGGUGAAAAAAGAGUUCACAUUGUGGAUUUUGAUGUGAACCAAGGAAGUCAGUACUACACUCUGCUGCAAACGCUUGCGAAAACUCCCGGUGACCGUCCGCACGUGCGGCUGACCGGAGUCGACGACCCGGAAUCGGUUCAACGCCCGGUCGGGGGCCUAGCAAUCAUCGGGCAGAGGCUCGAGCUUCUUGCUAAACAGCUGAAACUCUCCUUCGAGUUCAAAGCCGUACCCGCGGAAACCGCUCUGGUUUCGCCUUCCGCGCUCGGCUGCCGGCCCGGCGAGGCGCUCGUCGUGAACUUCGCCUUCCUGCUCCACCACCUCCCCGACGAGAGCGUGUCGACCGUGAACCUCCGCGACCAGCUUCUCCGGAUGAUCAAGGGCUUGAAACCGAAGCUCGUGACCGUCGUCGAGCAGGACGUGAACACGAACACCUCCCCCUUCCCGCAGAGGUUCGCGGAAGCUUACAGUUACUACUCCGCCGUGUUCGAGUCUCUCGACGCGACUCUGGCCAGGGACAGCCAGGACCGGAUGAAUGUCGAGAAGCACUGCCUCGCCCGCGACAUCAUCAACGUGGUGGCGUGUGAGGGGGAGGAGAGGAUAGAGCGGUACGAGGUGGCCGGGAAGUGGAGGUCGAGGAUGACCAUGGCCGGGUUCACCGCGUGCGGGAUUAGUCGGGACGUGCGGGGCGAGAUCGAGAAACUCAUACAGCAGUACUCGGAUAGGUAUAAGGUGAAUGAGGAGAAAGGAGCGCUGCAUUUUGGAUGGGAGGAGAAGACAUUAAUAGUCAGUUCAGCAUGGAGAUAAAUGGUUGUUUGGUUGGUUAGUUAGUUAGUUAGUUAGUUACUUAGGUUUAUGACUUUAUGAUGUGUAAUGACUAACUAUGUGUUGCUUUUUAACUACCUAUGUAUUAGUUAGUUAGUUACUUAGGUUUAUGACUUUAUGAUGUGUAAUGACUAACUAUGUGUUGCUUUUUAACUACCUAUGUAUUGCUUUUUAUUUCAAUGUAAUAUUAUUGUAAAUAGUGUUUCA